CCGUGCACCGCUGCUCUCCCCUCGGCUCCACUCAGUCGAGGAUACCGCUACUUCUCCCUCCCUCUCUAUCCCACUCAUGCGUGCACAGAGGACACCCAUGGACUAACCAGAGAGAGUGGACAGCGUAGUGGACUUUUGGGGGGACAAUGGCGGCUAAAGAGGACAUUUACAGCAAAAUCCUCCCUCGCAGGCUCCGUCAAAAUCGUCUUGGUUCAGUGAAAUGUGGCUCCAACCUGGACGUGCUGCUGUCCAUGGGCUUCCCCAGACCAAGGGCACUCAAAGCUCUGGUGUCGACAGGAGGCCGGAGUGUCCAAGCUGCCUGUGACUGGCUGUUCUCCCACGUAGAUGACCCGUUCUUGGAUGACCCCCUACCUCGUGAGUUUGUGCUGUACCUCCGCCCCAGUGGACCCCUCCAGAACCAACUGUCCCACUUUUGGCAGCAGAGCCGAGUCACCUGCGGAAAAAACAAGGCCCACAACAUCUUCCCCCACAUCACACUCUGCCAGUUCUUCAUGUGUGCAGAUCACAAAGUGGAGGCCCUGAGUGAGUCCUUACAGACCACUGUGCAGCAGUGGAGGGGCCGGUUCCCCAGUCCUCUGCCCCUGGAGCUCUACACCUCCUCAAACUUCAUUGGUCUCUUUGUGGAGGAGAAAGUGGCAGACGUGCUCAAACAGUUUGCCUCUGACUUUGCCACAGAGGCAGCACGGAAAGCAGAAGUCCAUGUGGAGCCUCAUAAGAAGCAGCUCCAUGUGACGUUGGCCUAUAACUUCCCCACGGACCACCUGCCCUCUCUGGAGAAACUGGCCAAGGGCAUAGAGGUCAAACUGGGCUGUGAUUGGCUGGCUGUUCUGUUCUCCCGGGACAUUCGAUUUGCUAACCAUGAGACACUGCGCGUGCAAUAUCCCUACACCCCCCAGAACGAGGAUGAGCUGGAGUUGGUGCCGGGGGAUUACGUCUUCAUGUCUCCGGUGGACCAGAACAGCACCAGUGAGGGCUGGGUGUUUGGGACGUCCCUCUCCACGGGGCUGUCCGGCCUGUUGCCUGAAAACUACGUCACUCUGGCCGAUGAGUCAGACACAUGGGUCUUUCACGGGUCCCACUCGUUCUUCAGCUGUGGCCCGUCUGACAAGAGCGCUAAAGACAGAGGCAUGUUUGAUGGACUGCUGGACAGUCGUCGGCCUGAAAACUCCAGCCCCGGAGAGACCCCUUCUCUUAGUCUCAUCUGUCAUCCCAUGCAGGUUCUGCGGAUCAGUGGUAGUCACUCACGACAGCCGAAGAGGACCCUUUUUGUUUGUCGCCACGGAGAGAGGAUGGACGUGGUGUUUGGAAAGCAUUGGCUCUCCCUUUGCUCCGAUAGCAAAGGUCGAUACAUUCGCUCCAACCUGAACAUGCCUCAGAGUAUCCCGAUGUGGGGAGGGCAGAGGGACUAUGACAUGGACGCUCCCAUUACUGUGCUAGGGUGUACACAGGCACGGCUCGUGGGGGAGGCACUAUUAGAAAGUAACACAGUAAUAGACUUUGUGUACUGCUCUCCUUCAUUACGGUGUGUCCAGACAGCACAGAAUAUUCUAAAAGGUUUGCAGCAGGAGGGGAAGCUGAAGCUGCGAAUAGAGCCAGGUUUGUUUGAAUGGACCAAGUGGGUUUCAGGAAACUCACUUCCUGCUUGGAUUUCUCCCCCUGACCUGGCAGCUUCCCACUUCAGUGUAGACACAACAUACAGACCGCUGAUUCCUGUUAACAAACUCACUGUGUCUGAAUCCUAUGAGACGUACAUGAGCCGGAGUUACCAAGUGACCAAAGAUAUCCUGUCCGACUGCAAAAACACCGGAAACAACGUGCUGAUUGUAGCCCACGCGUCUUCUCUUGAGGCCUGCACUCGACAGCUGCAGGGCCGGAGUCCACAGACCACCAAAGACUUCAUACAAGUGGUCCGAAAGAUUCCAUAUUUAGGUUUCUGUUCCUGUGAGGAGCAGUCGGACACUGGGGUGUGGCAGUUAGUGGACCCUCCCAUCCUCCCUCUGACUCAUGGACCCAACCACACAUUCGACUGGAGGGAAACUCUGAUGCAGGAAUGACCAAAAAAUGCAAUAAAUAAUGUUAUAUUGAAUUGAAAAAGACUAAAACACACUGUCAGUGGCUUCAUAAAGACAUUUCACUGAGGGUUUAAUGCUCAUUGAUGAGGACUAAUGCUGAUACCAUCAACCCUCUAGCGCCAUCUUCUGGUUUACUUUUGCUGCAUGACACGAAGGUGUUUGGACUGGGAGAAAGCUGCACUGUGUGGAAGCUCAGAGCCCAGUUUUGUGAAAUAAUGAGUAAUUAAUUUAUUUUUCUUAAUGAUUGUACAUGAAAUUAUAGUAUGUCUGAUGUAAUACCCGACAGUUAGAGCUUCCUAUUAAAAGUAAAAGACUCAGGUUCAUUUAUGGCAGUCCUAAGUAAAAAUUAAUUGUUACAUUGCUAUUUUUCCAUUUCUUUGCCAGUGUUGUCAUUGUUCAUUUAAGUUCAAUGUCAGUGUCAAUGCACAUAACAUUAGUUAACAAGAGCAUAACUAGAUAGCUAAAUAAAUUACAUCAUUCAUUCAUUGUCUUCUACUUUCUGCUCAUUUCAGUUGGGGCAUGCAGGCGACAAGAGAAUUUUGAUUCUGAAUUAUUUGUAGCUAAUAAAUAAAAUUGUGAAUCUGUAUGUGGACACCACCAUACAUAGAGGUUAGGAUAAAUUCCCAGUGUUUCAAAACCAUCAAAUUAAAAAUGGCCUCUGUUGAAAUGUAUUGCUUUCAAAAACACUGCCCAGAUCAUAGACUGUGUAAAUAAAUGGACAUAGCUUACCCGCUAGCUCCCACGUUCCACAUUGAAAGUGAGAAUGGGACACUUCUGGCUCCAUCGACUCUGACUCCAAUUGACUUUGCAUUGAAAAAUUGUCACCCCUUCUCUGUAACUGUUGCACUAUGACUUGUAAUUUAGGUCUUAAAAUGUUCAUAUUAACCCACACUAUAUGGUCCUGGUGUUUUUGUUUAGCUAUUUUGUCUGCAAGUGAAUUCCUAUUUCUAGUAUGGAACUAGCUCCAAAUUUGCUCCCAUAACCGCUAACAUCGUGAGCUUCAUUUGACUGGAGCUAAAUGCGAUGGGUGACAUCACACUCUCUCAGUCCACUUUAUAGAGUCUAUGGUCCAGAUGAAAGCAACCAUUGAAAUCACCUUACAUACUAAAUUAAGGCAUAAAAAGUUUCACAAGUUAACCCAUUAAUACAGCGCACUCUAUGUCAAAUUAAUAUUUAUUUAUAUAAUAUAGGUCUAUUAAUAUAGAAAUGAUACAUGACAUUUAUAGGUAAAAUCAAGACCGUAUACUAAAACUAUUUAGGAAAGGUUAAAUUUUGUCCCAAUAAUGCUUUUUUUCAGUAUCGAUACUUGUUUAAAUUAGUAUUGCGUUUCAGUACUAAUUUAAAUAUUGAUUAGCAUCUAGCUAUUGCUUACCUUAUUAAUUACAAAUGUGAGUGCACAACCUGUUAGUGUAUAUUCCAGUACAAAACAGGUCAUCCCAUCAUUUCAUUUUUACAUAUCAAACACUCAGAGCUCAGGUUUGGUAAAUAUUUCAAGAUUUUUGAGAUUUAGAAAUGGUUCAUUUUGUGUCAGUCUGAGAUUUUCAUAACAAACUUCCCAGAUACUCAGCCCAUGUGUAGCACAUGCAGUUCACUCCUUUACUUUGCUAAUAUUAUAUUUAAAUAAAGUGACUUGAAGGCGGCACAAACUGCAAUAUUGACAAUCAUACUGUAGCUUACGAUUCUGGUCAGCAGCCUUUUAUUGUUUAGUAUCAGUUGUAACUUCAAGUUGUAAAUAAUUCUAUUUUUGGGAUUUUUGGGAUACAGUCUUCCAUUUCCUUUCACUAGGCUCUGUCAACAGCAGCGUGCUAGCAAGCUCACUGUGUCUCAGAACAGUCACUUUUAUUAAAAUCGGAAAACGUAAUUAAUAUAAAUAAAAUGUAUAUAGCAUUAGCACUGAGACUUUCUUUCUAAAUAGAAAAGUGUUCUUUGCUGAAGUAUUCAUUUUAUUUGUAUAUUUUCAGUCACAUCCACCUGCAGCCUUAUCUUUAAAUAUUUAUCAGUUUUAGCACAACUCAGCAAAAACUACAUAGAGAUAAAUUUGGACAGGAAUUUGUGUCACUAACAGUGAGUUUGCAAGGCUCUAUUGUGCACAGAGCCUAUUUUAUUUAUUAUUAUUAUUAUUAUUUUUGAAGCACCAUCGCAGUUAUUGGCAUGCAACGAGUAAAGCUCUGUAUCUCAGGUGUUAACUGCAUUUAAAUAUAAAGCUUUGGGUGACCAUGCUAUUGUGAAGUUUUAUGUACAACAGAAAUAGCAACUUUAAAAUAGUAAUGAAUUACGUAGUUAAUCAAGUGACUGAUUAUCAAAUAAAAGUGAAGGAUUCUCCGUAAGUAAAUUCAUUUGGGUGUAAAACAUCUGUAUUUAAUAAAUAACAUGAAAGAUA